AUGAGUGGACUUGUAAGAACAGCACACCGAAUUUUUCACAACUGCGUAAAAAAUAGCGUCGCCGGCGCCGUGGUUAGCCGAACGCAAACCCCUGUGAAACGUGAUUUCACGAGAGGCAUCUGGCACAUGAGCUGUUCCAAACGGUUGGACAGCACGUCCACCUCUUCAAGCCUACUCCAUCAUUCCAACACAUGCAGCUGUGGUUGCGGCUUAAAAGCUCUGCACACCAAAGGUGAACGAGAGUUGGUGGAGUUCUUGACAGAAGAGAUUGUUGCUGAGCGUAAAGCCCAGAAACUAAAGACAUUGCCAGCUGAUGUUGAUGGAUUUGCUGUGAAGGGUGAUGGUGCAGAGGUUGUUCUUUCAAAGCAGCUGAAAGAUGAAAUUAUCAAAAUCACAUUUAAUGUGAACCACACUGUUGAUUCUGAAGAUUUUGGUGAUGACGCCCAGCCUGAGAAGCAAGAGUUUGCGGAAAUGAGAUCCAAGCCACAAUUUGAAGUGGAUAUUGUCAGAGGAGAUUCAACUCUAGGAUUCACUUGCUCUUUUCUGCAAGACCCGCCCACAACAACCGCUGAUGAAUAUAAUGAUAUAUUUGGUAUUGAUGAAGUUACCUUGUAUAAAGGAGAAUGGUCUGACAAGGUUUAUGCCGUUGCUGGUGACGUGCUUGAUGGGUAUCUAUAUGAUCUUUUGAUGAAUCUGCUGGAAGAAAAGGGUAUUAGCAAUGACUUUGUACAGAAGUUGUCAGACCUCAGCACAGCAUAUGAGCACUCAGCUUACAUCAAUCUUUUGGAGGGAAUCUCCAAGUUUACCAUUGCUAAAUAA